UAACCUCACCAUUCAAAACAAAUACACGUGUGUUCACCACACGAUUUCUAAACUCAACUUUUAAUGUGAAAUUAAGUUUGUUCACGAUGAAAAACAAAUCGGCACGACACAAAAGUGAAAACACUUUUAAGUUUAUUCCCUUUGCGGAGAGAAUCAACAACAUAGAUGUGGACAUAUUCCACAAAGUUGCACAUGAAUAUGAAACACAACUGGAAGAGGAUGAAUGCAUCUUUCAUCAGACUAUCAAUAAAUGGAAUGUGCUCAAUCUCACAGAGUUCUAUGACAAUUUCAAGAAAGACAUUCAUGCUUUCAAUGUUGUCACACUACCACAGUUGAUUUUCAACAAGGAGAACAUCAAAACUGUGCUAGUGAAACAUUUACUACUGAAAAAUGAACUUGCACUACAGCCUUUACUUGAUUUGGUGGUUGCUUUAGCAAAAGACUUGAGACAAGACUUCUAUCCUUUCUAUCAUGACUUUUUUGAAGUAUUUGUUAGCAUACUACACACAAAUAAUUCAGAAGUAUUGGAGUGGACAUUCCACUGUCUGGCUUAUUUAUUUAAAUUUCUUUGGAGGCCAAUGAUUGCUGAUAUUGGUGCAGUAUUUAAACACUUAUUGCCUCUUCUUGGAGAAGAAUAUCAUGGCUACAUCAACAACUUUGCUGCUGAGAGUUUUGCAUUUGUGGCUAGGAAAGUCAAAGAUUUCAAGAGUUUUCUUUUUAUGAUACUUAAAAAUGUCAAACAAUACAAUAAUGGUAUAUCGGGUUGUGGCCGCUUAAUAUACGAAAUCCUCAAGGGAAUAACCGGGCACUUUCACAGUUCUUCAACAACAGUCCUGCCAAUCUUAAUAGAUUCACUCCAAGAAAAGAAUUCUCACCAAGAAGAGUUAUAUCAAGUGCUAGAAAAAGUGAUUGAACAUAUUACCACAACAAUCAACCCUCAACAAGGAGAUCUACUUUAUACAACAUUACUUGCAAGUAUAAACAAACAAAUUAAAAAAGAUCUACAAGACGAGCACGUUGAGAAAACUUUAAAAUUGCAAUUAACACUAUUGGGGCAAUCUUUAGAGUAUAAAUCCGGUAAAUUUUUGAACAAUUCAACAGCAAGUGUUGUUCAAGAGAUCCAAAAACUUGUUACGACUAAUUUACCGACAGAUGUUACUCUUACUGUCGUACAAAUUGCAAUUGUAUUGCUACAAUCACACGCAAUAAAUUUGACUCAAGCUCAAGCAAGCUCAUUAGUACAGAAAAUUCUCAUUCAUAAAGAACAACAGGUUCUUUUGUACUUCGUUGAGAAUACAUUUGACUAUCCGCUAUUUAAAACUUCUAUACUACCGACUUUUUUGAGAUAUUUCGGUCAAACAAUAACUGCUGAAGGGGAUACCAUAAAAGUCGAUGAGAAAUUUUUGACUUUAAUAUCAAAAUUAUUACUGCACAAAGCGCCAAUGUGCUUUGCCAGCGAAUCAAAUGCUGAUUUAAUUGCAUGGUUGCCUUAUACAAUUGAUUGUAACAAGAAUGAACAGAUAACUAAAUAUCUAAUGAAAUUUAUUACUGUUGAGUGUGAUAGUCUUGAAGAAGCAAUCAGUAGACUACUGAUUAUUCCACAUUUGAAAGGCAUAAACACUAAUAAAACAGUACAAGAAGUUAUUUACAAAAAUAUAGAGAAACUUAUUGAAGAAAUUGUCAAAGUUAAAGAAACAAAUUCACUGGACAAAUAUUUAUUACUCUUGAUUGUAAAUCUUGAAAUACACGUUCACAUAUCUCAAGAGUUAGACGUGACUGAAUUACUGGAUUUAUCUACAAAUUAUCAGCACUUGUGGUCUUUGAAAUGCUUAGAUUUGUUCUUUACAUUUACAAGUUUAAAAUGUUCACAACCCAAUGAGAUUCUAAACGAAGAAACGCUCAAACAACUGCACUCAACUUUAAAAUACAACUUCAAUUCACCGUAUCAUAAGUUGAGACUUCACACAACGCAUAUUUACACUUUGUUUGAAUCAUCUGUAUCACACAAAACACAAGAACACAGUUGGAAUGUGUUUUCGUUGUGUUACAAAGUCGAAUCGACAAAUGCACAGGUGGAUACCUACAGAGAUCAGUUGCAGUGUUUAGAAAAGUUUAACUUUGACAAACCACAAAUGCAACUUGCGAAGGAUACAGAUUUUCUUGAUUUGCCUCUGCGAUAUUUAUGUGGUGUAUUAUACAUGAACUUUAAACUACUUUGGGAUCCUGUUGUUGCUAUAAUUGCUUCACAAGCGAAUGGAAUGGAAAUUGAUGCGUUUUGGAAGGUUUACGUUGAAGAAUUACAAACCGCUGCUAAAAACGUACGCCAGACACCGGUUGUUGUACAAAAUAAUGUGUUUACCGAUAAUAAACUGGAUGAUUAUGAGUUUGUUUAUGAUUUAAUUGAUAGAAGUCGUUUGAUUGAUGAUAAAACCGACUUUUUGAACUAUCGAAUCUUAGUUUGGAAAGCAAUGACUUCCUUUGCGCAUGUUGCGGAAGCUAGAAAUCGAGACGUGGUCAAUUUGUUUCUUUCGUUCGUUAACGAGGAAUACAUGAGGACAAAUAGUGAUGUUGCAUUUGUUUUGAAUAUCAAACAAGCAACUGAAGAAGAUAUGGAAGUCACAAUGGAUGAAGAUGUAGAGAAAACUGAAGAAGAACUGGAAUUGGAACGUAUUAAGAAAGAACUAAAGAAACCAGUGCCAAAAUAUGGCGGAAAAGCUGUGCUCAAGUUACUGCUACAUCAUCUUCAGGUAUUUGCGAAAGUAAAGAGUCCCAAGUCGAUGGUGAGGGAACCCGAAUUGUACAAAUUAUAUUUCGAGUUUUUGGCACACAAGAACGCAGAAGUACAGAAAGCAGUCUUAGACUGUUUGAUGACAUAUAAAAAUAAAAACGUUACGCCGUACUCUACACAUCUCUAUAACUUAAUCGAUGAGAAACAGCUAAAAAACGAACUUGUUCAAUUCAAACUGGAUAAAAGUUCAGAACAUAUUCAACCACCGCAUCGUGAGGAUCUCAUUCCGCUGGUGUUGAAGAUAGUUUACAGUAAAAUGGUGAUGAGAACUGGUGGCAAAGCUGGCGGGCAACAGAGACGCAACAUGAUAUUUCGAUUCCUCAGUGGAUGCAUGGAAAGUGAAAUGUUGCUCUUCAUCAAAAUGGCGUUCAAGUUCUACGAUAAAUAUUACAACUCAGAGGAAGAUAUCCUCACAUUAAUAUCGAGUGUAAGCGAUAAUAUUGACCUGGAAAAUUUUAUUCCUCCGAAGCGAUUGUUGAGCACAGAGAAUUUACUGCAAGUUGUAUUCGAAAACUUCGGCAAUUUAAUGAACGAUCAAAUAUUACACUUUGUUUUGAAAAUUAUUUUAUGCAUUGGAGCAACCUUGAAAGGCGCUUUUGUGAAACAACCCGAAAUCCAUGCUGGAUAUUAUAGUAUUUUGAGAACUCUGCGAACAUCUUCAAUAAAAUUAAUUGAACAGUUUUCGUCCAGGUUUGAAUAUGCAUGGGAUGCAGAACAAAUCGAUGCAGUAUUCGAAGUUUUUGUGUGGCCAUACAUCACUAAACUUGAAUUCGAAGGUAUACACAGUCCGACGACUUUGUUAAAAUUAUUGGGAUUCUGGGCAUCAAAUCCAAGAUAUUAUCAAUUAUUAGUUAAACAUCGAAAAGAUGAUAUUCAGAGUUAUCCACUUGCACAUUUGAUAAAAUUACUAAUGAAUCCGAAAGUACAUCUAUCAGUGAAUAACUUUAUAAUGGAAAUGAUAGAAAACAUGCUCAGAUUGACUCUAGACGAUGGUGAAAUGAUGAUACCAGUUGAAAAUGUCCUUCCGAUUGAAGCAAGUAUUUUACAACGAUUGAAAGUACCCGAAAACAAUCUAAACUAUGGAAGUUGCAUUUUAUUACCGCAUGUACCACACAUUCUUCUUAAAAUGAAAGAAAAACUUAUAAAGAAGAAGAAAACUAUCACCAAACGUGAUUUGAUUAUCCUAUCAAGGAUUUCUGAAUUAGUUUGGGAGGCGGAUAUAAGUGAUUCUACUUUAGACUUAAUAAUACCGAUUGUUUCAAAGAAAACUCGUCUGGGUGCCAAGGAAGAAGAACUCACACAACUCCUAACUACAAUUAAGAAUCUAUUACAUAACGUUAAAGAUCCCAAGAAGCAUUUGAAACAUUUAUCUCCUCUGUUUGGAUAUGUGAAAGAAAUGUCAUGCAGGAAGAUACUCUGUGAGAUUUUAACUGACAUUUCGGUUGAUAACUCGGAAUAUUCACUGAUUACCGAAUUAAUGACUGAAUUAAACGCUUGCAAUGCAAGGUGGAUAGAUCAACCCGACUUUGACCGCAGGAUAUCAGCGUUUAGAAAAAUCGAGACACUCUUUAAAGAAAACAAACUCACUUUGGAGUUAUCCAUUCUUUUAAUUUACAAUUCUUUCUAUACGUUAUCAGUAGAAAAAGAUUUGUCUCUGCGGGAAUGUGCAGUUGAUUGUUUGAAAACAAUCACACCGGCGUUGGUAUUAAAUCAUUAUCAAAAUCAACAACAUAAAGACUAUAUUCUUGACCAGACUUUACUUCCGAUGAUCAAAAGUGGAUGUAAAACCGCUAUUCGUAACGAUUGUAUUACCUUACUGGGGCAUUUAGCUAGAGAAUGUGCUGAUACACAUGUUGUACUCAAAGAUUUAAACAAGUUGACGAAUAAAGCAGAUCCUGAAGUAGACUUCUUUGAGAACUUGGUGCAUCUCCAACUACAUAGGCAGGGACGUGCUUUGUUGAAGGUGAAAGAAGUGUUUAGCAAAGAAGAAUUUGCUCCUAAUAUCAGAACACUAACACAGUAUUUAUUACCGUUGGCCACACAUUAUUUGUGUAAUGAUCAGUUCACUAGUAAACAUACAUUGAUAGAUAGCGCUUGUGAUGUGAUUGCAACUUGCGCGAAAUUAAUGCCAUGGCAUCAUUUUGAAGCAUUAUUGAAGCUAUAUCUAAGUAAAUUGAUGCACGACGUACCAAAUCAAAAACAACUGGUGAAAAUUGUUGUGUGUAUUUUGGAUGCUUAUCACUUCGAUUUGAGAAAAGGUCUUGAUGAUGAUAUCGAAGAUUUGAAAGAACCAGUUGAAGAAAUUCAAGUUAAACCUGUGAAUACUGAAGAAGAUGAUGAUGACGAUGAUGAAAAUGAUGAAGAUAAAGACGAGAUUGAAGAAAAAGAAGAUGAUUUAGAAGAGGAUGAAGAUGAAACACCCGAAAAAGUCAAACCCUAUGACAAAAUCACCGUUUUAUGCAAAUCAGCAGCAAAACGCGUCAUAAAAAUCAUCAAGUGUGCCCUGUUACCACAACUCAAUCGUGCCCUAGCGAUGAAAACCACACACGAGAACACCCAUAAACUCAACCACAAACGCGCCACGCGUGAAGAGCGCGAAGAUGAGGACCUCGUCCGCAUUCCCAUCACGCUCGCUGUGGUGAAACUUCUCCAGCGUUUACCGAAAUACCUUCUGGACCGCAACUUGCCAGGCGUGAUCAUGAAGAUAUGCACGUUCCUACGGACGAAACUAGAAAGCGUGCGACGCACAGCACGCGAAACCCUACAGAAAAUCUGCCUGACACUAGGACCAGAUUAUUUAGGAAUUAUCCUUGGCGAAAUGGCUGGUUUACAAUACAAAGGCUUUCAAAUGCAUGUUCUGGUAUUUACUGUACAUGCAAUUUUAAACACAUUGAAAACACAUUACGAACCCGGACAUAUUGAUGCUGUCCUAUUGACUGUGAUAGAUUUCUGCAUGCAGGAUUUGUUUGGAGCGUUAGCAGAUGAACGAGAGGUUGGAAAGAUUACCAGCAAGACUGUGGAGGCGUCGUCUCCGAAAAGUUACGACACACUUCAGAUUCUAGCGCAGUUUAUUACGGAAAAAUGUAUCAUGGAUAUGUUACUGCCGAUUAAAAAGAUUUUAGGCACGUCUCAUUCGUUUAAGGUUGUAAACAAAGCUGAAGAGUGCUUGAAACAAAUUGCGCUUGGAUUAGUGGAUAAUCAAUUCUUAGAUGUGGAAAUAAUACUGAAGUUUGCGUAUGGUACAGCAUCGCAGAGUAUUCCGGAUUUAUUAUUUCAAGAGAAACCAGAAUUGACAGCGAAAGAAUCGGAAAAAUUGGCGAGGCAGAAGCCUGAUUGUUAUAUUAUACCAAAAGCACCUGUUGGCAAGUCGGGGGUGAGAGUAUGCAAAGUUAAAAACUCCCAAACAGCAAACGCACAUUUAUUGGUGGAGUUCGGGUUGAAAUUGUGCAAUAUAUUGCUCAAGCGAGAUAAACUCAAAGAUGGUGAUUAUUCAGGAUAUAUGGAUCCGUUUGUUAGUAUUUUAAAGAAUUGUAUCAACACACCACAUGUCAAGUUGAACACAAUUUCACUCCAAUGUAUGGAAUGGAUGUUAAAAUACGAGCUACCAUCUUUAAAAUCAGACAUCAAGGACAUCACCAAGUCUUUGUUUGCCAUUUUACACAAAUAUGCUUCUGCAGGACUCAAGAAGGGCGACAACUUUGAUUUAGUUAUGGCUUCUUUCAAGACAAUGGCUGUGUUAGUAAGGGAUGUAAAAUACCAUGUGAUACAAACAGAGCAAUUAAAAGUUCUGCUGUUAUACGUCGAGCAAGAUUUGUACAAUCACGAACGUCAAGCAACAGCUUUCGGCCUUCUGAAAGCGAUUAUAGCGCGCAAGUUAAUUGUGCCUGAGCUACCGGAAAUCAUCAUGAAAGUAGCCGAGCUGAGUAUAACUUCAGAUCUGCCGCAUGUUCGCCAACAAUGCCGCAUUGUUUAUCAUCAUUAUAUUAUGGAUUAUCUUGGGAAGAAAUUAGAAAGAUACGUGAGCUUCUAUUUGGGGCAGAUGAGUUACGAAUUGCAAACUGGACGCGAAUCAGCGCUGGAUAUGGUGCUGAUUUUAAUUAAUUCAUUUCCAAUUAAAAUUCUAAAGAACUUCAGCGGAACUUUCUUCGUAUCAAUUGGUACACGUUUGGUCAACGAUGACGUGCCGGAAUGCCGCAAAAUGGCCGCCAAGUGCAUAACAACACUAUUACAACGCCUAGAAAAACCCGAUCGCGAUCCACUUUUCGACAUGUUGAUUCUAUGGUUUAAAGACAGAAAAGUCCAACACAAAAUGCUCGCUGCCCAAAUGUGCGGUUUACUUAUCAACGUAGAAAAAGUAAACUUUGAAUCACGCAUACCGAAACUCAUACCAGAAGUACUCAAACAAUUCGCUAGGAAUAACGAAGACGAACCUGGCAAGUUUGUACGCGCACAAAUCGAAGAAGAAGAGGGAUACAUCAAGGAGCGAAAUAAAGACCAUCAUCUUUAUCAAGUGCUGCAGAUGCUACAAAAACUAUGCGCGCAAGUACCAAACGUUUUAAAACAAACCAACGACGUAGAGAAUUUAGCAGUACGCGCCCAAGGAUUACUUUCACAUGACCACGACUGGGUACGACUUGGAGCCGCGCAAUUCCUAGGAUACGUGCUUGCUGCAAUUGACAUUCCUAAACUAUCGAAAUUAUUACUAAACAACAAAGAAGAUGAGGGUUACCUAUAUACGAAUCCAAACGAUUCGAUAAAAUCCCUCACUUUGGAUUUGAGCGCGCAGUUGGUUCCUGGCUGCACAAAAACAGAUUUAGCCGAACAGGUAAUCAAGAAUCUAAUCGUCAUCGCGCGGGUGCUACAGAACGUGCCCAUAAAUAAGAAGCAAACACAAGAGGACGACCAAGAGCUGGAGAAUGAAGACGACGCUGAUGUUACCAAGCGCGUCAAUUUAUUGUGGCUGGUCAAACGAGUCCGACGCAUUAUUAACAUGGAAGUUGUUGAGAAUACGACUUCGACUGCACUCAGGACGGAAUUAUUCAAAUUUAUCGCCGCGCUGUUGACAGUCAUCGAUAUUAAUAUCCUACGCCCGAUUAUACAUCAUCUAUUAGCGCCUUUAGUGCGUGAAAUAGUCACUAAAGAAAAAAGCACUGAAGAAUUAAUACAAUUAAGUCAAGAAGUAUCAGCGAUAGUCAAAAGUAAAAUUGGUAAAGAUGAAUAUACAAGGCUAUUGGCAACUAUCGAAGGUCAGUUGACAAUAAGACGCGCGGAAAGAAAGCGAAAUCGCACGCAACUAGCAGUCACAGACCCCGAGUUAUACGCAAAGAAGAAGAUCAAACACAACGAAAAAAAGGAGUUGAAGAAGAAAAAGAUCAGUCGUAGUAAAGGGUUAUUUGUGGGUACCAAGGGUGGCAAGAAGAAGAAAAGUGUCGAAAUCGACGCGGAUGAUUAGCAAAGUGUGCUGCACCUUGUAUAAAGUAAAUUUAAGUUGUUAACCUUCUCGGCGCGUGCGGCGUGUGCCAAGAAAAGUGUUCGCGUUUCGCGACGCGUUUAGUCGACCGUCGACACCAGACUCAGACGCAGACUUGCAUUCAAAUUACGCAUAAGACUUCUAGUUUUACAGAAACGAGUUAGUUUACGAUGAAAAUCGCGUUUUUCAUGGCGUUGUGGAUGGUGUUUGUGGCCGUGUGCGCUUACGAUCCGAACGAUAAGGGCGUCGGCGACGUGCUGCCGCCGGAGGGUACCUUCGAGGCGUUCUAUCCGCGCGGCGAGGGCACCGGCUCGUCGCGGGCGGCGCACUCACACGGCAGCUUCUACAAGCAUCGCAAUCCGGCGCUGGUGGAUGCCAAGAACGCCGCCGCGUACGGCUUUCGCUUCGACGGCGGGCGGCGAUUCAAUUACGAUUGAUGCUCGAGUGUCUUAGUCAAUCAAUAAACGCCGAAGAAGGAAAAACUAGCUUUUAAGUUAUAUUGUGAGUUUUGUAGCAAAUAAACAUAAAUAAUUGUUUGUAAAUUUA